AUGAAGUCUUUCACCUUGUCCGGCGUUCUCGCUGCUCUCACUGCCACCGCUGCCGUUCAGGCCCAGACCUACUCCCAAGAUGGCCCUUUCAACCUCAAGCUCAAGUCCGAUGAUUCCUCCAUCGACGGCAAGUACCUCUAUGCCUGCCACGCCGGUGCCGCCAUUGAGUCGCUGUGCCUUGGCAGCACCGAGAGCCCCGCCGGCUCCUCUUCAGCCUCCUUCUAUUACAACUACACCGUCAACGACAACGUUCCUUCCAACUCCGGUCUCUUGAUCUGGAACCUCGAGGCUAACGGCCAAGAUGGUGUCAUCACCGUCUCUUCCCCUCUGUCUUUCAACUACGACCCUGGCUCUAACGUUGCCACGACGCUGUUCAUGCCUUCUACUUCCCCGAGCCUCAAUGUUGCCUUUGACAACGAGGACCAGCUGUUUGUUCCUACCUACACCGACGACUCCAAGUAUGUUCCGGGCCAAUACCCCCAGAAUACUGGCGCCAUCGCCCUCCAGAACUGGCAGGCAUGCUGGGCGCAAGUUGGAGGCUACUACUACAACGUACUCGCGUGGGUUACUAGCGGCGCGCCCAAGAACCCCACUUGCAAGGCUGUGAAGGUGGCCAAGGAGGCUCAACAAGAGAAACCCAAGGGCGACCAGGUUGGGGAGACUGCUGCUCAGAUCCCCGACGGCCAGGUACUAAACACUGAGCAGCAAACGUCGGAGGAUGACCAUGUCGAGAAGGGGUCUGAGGAACAACAGCCCGAGGGUGACUCCGCCGGAGAGACUGUUGCCCAGAUCGGUGAUGGUCAGGUGCAGAAUGUUCCUGCGAAUGAGGAUGGGGAGGUCGUUACCCAGAUUGGGGAUGGACAGAUUCAGAAUGCUCCCGCAGAGGAGGGAGAGGACGAUGACGAGCCUGUUUCCCAGAUCGGCGACGGUCAGGUUCAAAACGACCCUGUGGAGGAAGACACAACUCCUGUCACUCAAAUCGAUGAUGGUCAGGUGCAGAAUGCUCCCGCCGAGGAGGAUCCUGUCCCCGUUGCUCAGAUCGGUGAUGGUCAAAUCCAGAAUACCCCUGUCCCUGUCACUCAACGCAACGAUGGCCAGAUCUAGAACCCUUUCGUCAAGGAAGAGCCCAAGCCUGUUGUCCAGAUUCGGGAUGGUAGCGAAAGCUGUUCAUGAGGAUGGUUCUCACGCGGACUUCAACAACGAGUAUACGAACAAGAUUUCAUGGCAAGGAAAAUGAGCCCAGAUGGUUGGCUGACUUGGGCAGAACGUGCAUCAUUAAUCACUAAUGGUUUCUUUCUUAAAAGUAAUAACAGUCGAAACUCGAUGCUUUGGCGUUGAGAAGAUUCAUAGUUAAUACAUUUCAUUUCAUUCACGUUUUCCUGUUUGUUUUACUUUGCUUUGACUGCGUAGUGACCAAGAUUUCAUGGUAAGAACAUGGGCAGAUGUCAGAUUUGGAUUCCUUCUUCUUGGCACUUGAUACUUACUGACCAGAGCAAGCUGGCAUUGAGAAUGAGGUAACUAACUAGGUAGCAAAUAUUCCUUAUAUAUAUCAUCAGCU